AUGCCUCCUCGGCCAUUUCCCUCGCAGCUUCGCGUCGGCACAGACAUAUGUCAGGUGUCACGAAUCGCAAAGCUGAUCGCGAAGCAGCGUCGUCCAGAUUCCAAACCUGGCGCUUCACUGCACUCUUUCUUGAGGCAUCUCCUCACGUUUCGUGAAAGGCUUGAAUUUGAUUUGAGAUAUGACAAGGAGAACAAGGGCUAUGACACAGGAAAGCCAUCCGUCAGCGUCAUUCACCAUUUAGCCGGAAGAUGGGCAGCGAAAGAAGCAAUCAUCAAAGCCUUGAAGCCCAGGAAAGUCACGUUCGCAGACAUUGAGGUACUGCGCCGACCUGGAUCGAAUUCUACUGUGGGUGUGAUUCUGGAUAGACGAGCAGAUGCAGAUGCCGCGGGAAAGCAUUAUCGGAAGACCUUCGAACCUGGAAACGAAAAAGCCUCACUAGAAGAACUUGCACAAAAGGCUCUUGCACUCUGGCGCAGCGCGGAAGGUCAGGAAGUGCAGGUCAGCAUCAGUCAUGAAACAGAAUAUGCUACCGCAGUGUGUCUUGCCCCGGAAAUGCCAGCGCAGGGCGAUGUAGGAGGUGAAGCAGCUGCCCGGGGUCUCGAUGCUACGAAUGACCAGGAAUAG